AUGUUCGCCCUUGCUUUUCUUCUUGUGAUCUCACUAUUCCAAAUAAAUGCUACACCUGCACCUGGUGCUGACAGUCAAGGACGUAAUUUAAUUCAAUUUGGCAAUAUGAUUAGUGCAGCAUUAGGCACUUCUGCACUGAGCUAUAAUGGUUAUGGCUGUUGGUGUGGAAUGGGUGGUAAAGGUAACCCAGUUGAUGGAACAGAUGCUUGUUGUAAAGCUCAUGAUCUAUGUUAUGAUGAUAUUAUCGAUAAUCGCACAAGUUUUCUCGCUUGUUCACCUUAUCUUGCCUAUUAUGGUUGGGACUUAAAUCCAACAACUUCUCUUCCAUAUUGCAAAGAUACACCAGGCUCAUGCGCACAUCGUGUUUGUGAAUGUGAUCGUAUUGUUACUGAAUGUUAUAGAAAAAAUGCUCAUACAUUCAAUAAAGCUUUGAAAUGUCCCAAAUAA